AUGGUCAACACGGGAAAGCCUUCUGGCGGCUGCAAGCUGUGCAAGUUGAGACGCAUCAAGUGUGACGAGGUCAAGCCCUUCUGCAUGAAGUGCAAAAAGGCCAAACGAGACUGUCCAGGCUAUUCUGACCCUUUCGAAGCCAAAAUCCGUGACCAGACGCAGGCAACCAUCAGGCGAUUUCGAAAGAUGCGUGGCGACACCACAGGGGCCGAGAAUCGCACCAGCCCACCCCAGGCACCUUUCACCGAGUGCCUCCAGACGCCAUUUACGAGUCACAAGCAGACAACGACAACGUCAGCAAUGGCCGUGUUGCAUCGCCGGAACGGGAGCAGCAACAGCAACAGCAGCAACAGCAGUCUGGACAGCCUGAUGAGCACCAGUUCAACCAGCAGCACAAGCAGCGACGGUGACAAUGGCAGAGCCGAUCAAUACAUCCCCCUUUCCAUCAUCAACCACUUGGAAGAUCGCGCCACGUCCUACUUUCUGUCCGAAUUCGUCCUCAUCCCCAUGCGAGAGGGAAAUCUCCCCGUCCGCGGCUAUUUCCCCUGGGUCCCCAAGUUCAUGAGCAAGACGCAGCCGGCAAAAGUCUUCCUGUCCGCCUUCAGAGCUACAUCUCUUGCCUCCAUCGCCACCCAGCAUGGCAAGACUGUCAUCGGCAGUGCCCUGAGCGCAGCGCAACGUCACUACCUGGUCGCCGUACGCGCCAUGAACCAAGCCAUCCAGGAUCCGACCCUCGCCAAGAGCGAUGAGACGCUGGCCGCCGUUUUGCUGCUCGCGUUGUACGAGACACUGGUCACGUCCUCACGCGGCUCCAUCAAGGAGUACAUCAACCACAUGAAAGGCGCGGCCAUGAUGGUGAAGCUCCGCGGCGAACAAGGCCUCGCGACGCAGGAAGGUGAAGCCAUGUUCACAACGACACGCAACCACGUCCUCGGCUUCUCCUGUCUGCCUUGCGCCCCCGAAAUCUCCGAGUUCACCUGGCUUCUGCGUCACACCUGCGCACGCGAAAAAGACAUUGCCGCCCUCAACAUUGCCAACUCGGCUAUUCGGCAGGACAUAGAUCGCGUCUUCCGCAAGGCACGCGACGCCGACCACGACAAUCGCCACCCCCGCACCGUCCAAAGGGUUCUCACCAUACUGCAAAGCGCGCGCGCCCUCGAGGCCCGCUACCGCCGCCUCAACGACACCCACGUCCCGCCGCAGUGGGCGAGCCCCGUCGCCGAGUGGGUCGCAUCACGCCCGGACGCCGACCUCGACACAUGCGCCACGGCCCCGGGGCCCGUCUACGGUUUCGAGACCAUGUCCAUGGGUGUUGUCCAUCUCAUGACCUUUGUCAGCCACCUCAUGCUGACGACGUCCGUCCUCCGCUGCGCCGCCUGGCUCGCCGGCCCUGACGCCGAUUGGCGCGCCGGCGACGAGUACCGUGACAUGGCGGCCACGGCCGGCCGCCGCGUCGCCGACCUCGGCCGGGAUCCGCUGAAGCGAGUCGCCGGGCAGAUUGUGCUGUGGCCGCUGUUCGCCGCGAGCGUGAGCGACUUUGCCAAGGAUGGCGAGAGGCGCUUCCUCCAAGGGAGGUUGCGCUAUUUGGCUGACGUGGCGGGCAUCACGCAGGCGAGGACAUUUCUGGAGAUGAGGGUUUCAAGCCCAUCGGAUGAUAUUGAGAGGGACAGAGGGACGGGCUAUCACUGGUAG